CCGUCGCUCUGUUGGGUCGCAAUGGCUUCAUCUUCUUCACCGAAAACAACCAGAAAGCCUGGGAAAGGAAGGCGCAAGAUCGAGAUCAAGAAAGUGGAACAAACCAGUAAGCGUUUUGUCACAUUCUCGAAACGCAAAUUAGGCCUCUUCCGCAAAGCCGCCGAACUAUCCCUCCUCUGUGACUCCCAAAUCGCCGUCGUCGUCUUCUCUCAAUUCGGCAAGGUCUACACCUCCGGCUACCCCGACCCCGAUGCCGUCAUCCGCCGCUACCUCUCCGGUACCUCCUCCUUAUCCUCAGACCCUACGUCGGUCCAAGGUCCGGAAAGAGAAUCAGCGAUGUCGCCACUGAGGCGGGAAUACGAGGAGGCCAUGAAAGUGUUUGAGGAGGAGAAGAAAUCUCUGAAUUCUGGGAUUCUCGGGUCGGGCUACGGAUCCGAGUUCUGGUGGAAUCGUUCGGUUGGGGAGAUGGGUUUGGAGGAAGUAGUGCAGUUCAAGGAGCGCAUUGAAGAGUUGAGGCAGAAUGUGAUGGCCGCGGCGGAGAAGGAGAAGAAGAAAACUCAGCUGAUCGAUUUACCAUCGCCGCCGGUGACGACGGCGGAGUCUCUGUAUCUCUCUGUGUUGAUGAGCGACGACACGUUUGGGAUUGACCAGACAUGGGAAUGGGAUACUUUGAAUGCAAGCAUCAGUGGUGAUAGUUCUUCCAUGGUUCCGACCAGCAGCGAUGUGGGGCAUUAUUAA